GCUAUCACUGUAAUCUGAACACCUACAAGAAGCUGUUUUCUGGCUUGCAUGAUAGGGGAUGCUAAUUUAUUUUUUUGCAUCCCCUUUCAAAGUGUGAACACUUCCUUUUUCUGUAAAGUCUCAUUCUCGGAGUGAGGCUGUGUGUGACAGACUGAUACAAGUGGGUCCUCUGAGUUUUUAUUUGUUUCAGAAAUCCAGUUGUAGUCCCACAUGAGAUGGAGGCUCAGACAGUCACGUGGUUGGUUUUUCUGGCCCUAAUAAAACAUGUUUCUACAAGUGACCCUGGAAAUCCCGUUGAAGUAAACCGAUGCCCGCUCACUUUUGAGGAACCAGCUGUCGUGGUGGAGUCCGACGAGGUCACACUCACAUGCUCCACUUCAAGUUCAUGUCCUUCAAACCCUCACAUUCAAGAUGUGACUCAGAUCGACCGGACACAGGUCACAGGCUUUCAUCAAGUUAAGGAAAGAACCACCUUCAGCUUUAGAGCCAGCAGGGAGGAUGAUGGGAGGGUGUUUUCAUGCCAAACACAGGACAACACGGACAAAUAUUUGAUCCGGAAUAUUACAGUCACUGUUAAAUACAGUCCCAAAAAUGUGACAGUUCAAGCCAAUCCUGGUCUUGAUGUGAAGGAAAAUGUGUCGUUGACACUGAGCUGUACUGCCGAGUCCAACCCACCAGUGAGCUCUGUCACCUGGAGGAAGACGACUGAUGGGAGAGAGGAAAUCGUCCAACAGACUCAGACUCAGACCUUCAGGGUGAAUUCAGCCAGUCCCUCUGACAGUGGACUGUACAGCUGUGAAGCCACCAAUGACAUUGGAAGUGGAAAGUCACAGCCAGCUGAGGUUAAAGUCAGAUACCCGCCCACUGAACCUAUACUGUCUAUGAGGUCUGAGGUCACAGAAGGUCAGACCAUCACCGUCAGCUGCAGUGUUGAAAGUUUCCCACAGUCAACUCUCACCUUGAUGAGGAUCGACACAAAUCGUCGGUUUUUAAAAAUCCCUGAAAAUAAUCUUAAUUCACGACCCAUCAACUCUCUCUACCACACGUUUACUGUGACUUCAGCCGACGCUGGCUGGUACUUCUGCCGUGCCCAGAACAGUGAGGGCUCAAAGGACAGCAAGAAGAAGAAGUUGGUGGUGAAAUACCCGCCCACUGAACCUAUACUGUAUAUGAGUUCUGAGGUCACAGAAGGUCAGACCAUCACCGUCAGCUGCAGUGUUGAAAGUUCCCCACAGUCAACUCUCACCUUGAUGAGGAUCAUCACAUAUCAUCAGUCUUUAAAAAUCACUGAAAAUAAUCUUAAUUCACGACCCAUCAACUCUCUCUACCACACGUUUACUGUGACUUCAGCCGACGCUGGCUGGUACGUCUGCCGUGCCCAGAACAGUGAGGGCUCAAAGGACAGCAAGCAGAAGACGUUGGUGGUGAAAUACAGUCCCAAACAUGUGACAGUUCAAGCCAAUCCUGGUCUUGAUGUGAAGGAAAAUGUGUUGUUGACACUGAGCUGUACUGCCGAGUCCAACCCACCAGUGAGCUCUGUCACCUGGAGGAAGACGACUGAUGGGAGAGAGGAAAUCGUCCAACAGACUCGGACUCAGACCUUCAGGGUGAAUUCAGCCAGUCCCUCUGACAGUGGACUGUACAGCUGUGAAGCCACCAAUGACAUUGGAAGUGGAAAGUCACAGCGAGCUGAGGUUAAAGUCAGAUACCGGCCCACUGAACCUAUACUGUCUAUGAGGUCUGAGGUCACAGAAGGUCAGACCAUCACCGUCAGCUGCACUGUUGAAAGUUUCCCACAGUCAACUCUCACCUUGACGAGGACCAACACAAAUAAUCAGGCUUUAAUAAUCACUGAAAAUAAUCUUUAUUCACGACCCAACAACUCUCUCUCCCACAAGAUUAAUGUGACUUCAGCCGACGCUGGCUUGUACUUCUGCCGUGCCCAGAACAGUGAGGGCUCAAAGGACAGCAAGCAGAAGGAGUUGGUGGUGAAAUACAGUCCCAAACAUGUGACAGUUCAAGCCAAUUCUGGUUUUGAUGUGAAGGAAAAUGUGUCGUUGACACUGAGCUGUACUGCCGAGUCCAACCCACCAGUGAGCUCUGUCACCUGGAGGAAGAAAACUGAUGUGAGAGAGGAAAUCGUCCAACAGACUCAGACUCAGACCUUCAGGGUGAAUUCAGCCAGUCCCUCUGACAGUGGACUGUACAGCUGUGAAGCCACCAAUGACAUUGGAAGUGGAAAGUCACAGCGAGCUGAGGUUAAAGUCAGAUACCCGCUCACUGAACCUAUACUGUCUAUGAGGUCUGAGGUCACAGAAGGUCAGACCAUCACCGUCAACUGCACUGUUGAAAGUUUCCCACCGUCAACUAUCACCUUGGCGAGGACCUACCCAUAUCCUCAGUCUUUCAUAAUCACAGAAAAUAAACUUAAUUCACGACCCAUCAACUCUCUCUCCCACACGUUUACUGUGACUUCAGCCAACGCUGGCUUGUACGUCUGCCGUGCCCAGAACAGUGAGGUAUCAAAGGACAGCAAGAAGAAGUGGUUGGUGGUGAAAUACCCGCCCACUGAACCUUUACUGUUUAUGAGGUCUGAGGUCACAGAAGGUCAGACCAUCACCGUCAACUGCACUGUUGAAAGUUUCCCACAGUCAACUCUCACCUUGAUGAGGAUCAACACAAAUCAUCAGUCUUUAAAAAUCACAGAAAAUAAUCUUUAUUCACGACCCAUCAACUCUCUCUACCACAAGAUUAAUGUGACUUCAGCCGACGCUGGCUGGUACUUCUGCCGUGCCCAGAACAGUGAGGGCUCAAAGGACAGCAAGCAGAAUGAGUUGGUGGUGAAAUAUCCGCCCACUGAACCUAUACUGUCUAUGAGGUCUGAGGUCACAGAAGGUCAGACCAUCACCGUCACCUGCACUGUUGAAAGUUUCCCACAGUCAACUCUCACCUUGAUGAGGAUCAACACAAAUCCUCAGUCUUUAAAAAUCACUGAAAAUAAUCUUUAUUCACGACCCAUCAACUCUCUCUACCACAAGAUUAAUGUGACUUCAGCCGACGCUGGCUGGUACGUCUGCCGUGCCCAGAACAGUGAGGGCUCAAAGGACAGCAAGCAGAAGAAGUUGGUGGUGAAAUAUCCGCCCACUGAACCUAUACUGUCUAUGAGUUCUGAGGUCACAGAAGGUCAAACCAUCACCGUCAGCUGCACUGUUGAAAGUUUCCCACAGUCAAAUCUCACCUUGAUGAGGAUCAACACAAAUCCUCAGUCUUUAAAAAUCACUGAAAAUAAUCUUUAUUCACGACCCAUCAACUCUCUCUACCACAAGAUUAAUGUGACUUCAGCCGACGCUGGCUUGUACGUCUGCCGUGCCCAGAACAGUGAGGGCUCAAAGGACAGCAAGCAGAAGAAGUUGGUGGUGAAAUUUGCUCCAAAACACACAAACAUCACGAAGUCGUCAGAGAAGCAGGAGCUUGACGGGAGGAGCUCCGUGAUGCUGAGCUGCAUCAGUCACAGCUUUCCCCCAGUCCAACACUACUCAUGGUACAGGAAGAGUCAGGGCGAGGAAAAGGAUGAAAUUGUGUCCGAGCAUCAAAACCACACAGUGUACUCAAACCAGUCAGGAGUCUACUACUGCGUCGCAGAAAAUGAAGUAGACCAAAGUUUGUCUGAUCCCGUCCGUCUGUUUGAACGAAACUAUCUGCACAUCCUGAAGUUCCUCGUUCCUGCUCUAUUUGUCCUGAUGAUUAUCAUUUUAACCAUCGUAGUUUUAAGAUACAGGAGGAAGAAAUCUAUUCAACAAGGAACAACAACCACCGAAUCCCCUUCUGGUUUUUCGAAUGAACCAGAGAGCCUGCAGGACUAUGAAAACAUUAGUAAUGCAACUGCACGUGCACCAACAUCUCCAAAUCUAUUUGACAACCACACCAGUGAAGGUGAAGUGGAGCUCCACUAUUCACAGGUGAGAUUCACAGCGACGCCCCGACGUUAGACGACCAACAGAGACUCCAGCAGCUCACACGAAGAUGAGAGUUAAUACUCUGACGUUAGGAUUUGACCCGAGAUGUUCUCGUCCUGCUUUUUACAGCUACCUCGGGCCUGAGGAAGUUUAUAUUCACAAUAAGUCAUCACAGAGAGUCUGAAGAGUUCAUUGUACAGUCUUUGAACAGUCUUUGUAUUCAACAGCACAGCGAUAUAAUACUGAUUCUGUCCUGGGUGGGAAUAUAAAUAUUCUAUAAUAUAAAUAUUUGAAACUGUUAAUUAAAGGUUUUGGGGAAAACAGUGAACAUAGCAAAAUGUGAGGGAUAAACAGUUAAAAUCCUUAUUUUGCAACUUAAAAUGUAAAUAAUGUGUAAAAUGAUUGUAUUAAUAACUUUUUAUAUAAUCUAUAUAUAUAAAUGACAUGCAGUUAGACAAGAAAUGCUGAGAAUCACUGCUGAAUGUUUUUUUUGUGCUUUCCAGUGUUGUGAACUUAAUCCAAACCCACACACCUGAAAUGUAAAUAUCCUGUAGCUCAAAAUAAAAUGAAAUAUGUUGGAACAAAUGA